AUGCUAAUUCUUUUAUUACAAGUAUUAUUUGCUGCGAUACGUACUAUUUCAUCAUCUGCUUUAAAUAUUAUGAUGUAUUCAUUUAUUUCACGUAUUUUUAAUAACUGGCUUGGUUUUAAUAGUUUUAUAUCAUUCUUUUGUUCGAUUUACUGUUUAUCAAAAAUAGUUAAUUUUUUCAAGCGUACAUGGUUAAAAGCUAGAUUACGAAAUAAAAAGCCCGAUGAAAAAAUCUCUAGUGAUGGAUUGACAUGGCAUUCACCAACAACGAUGAAAACCGAAGAUGAAAAUGAACCAAUUGCUAAAUUUGAAAACGAUUGGAAAUAUUUAAUUGAUGAUGAUGCUAAAAAUAUAUUUCCGUCCAUUGUUAAUAUCCCAUUUACUAAUGGUUGGUUACUUAUUGCAACAAUACUUCUGAUUGACUAUCAAAUGGAGAGUCUAGGCUAUAGUUAUACAGUAUCAUUAAUUCGAAUGAUGAUUUUUUUGAGCUUAUUAAUAUGUGGUUCAACCGUACGCUAUCAAACAUUAUGUGAACGUGAAAAUAAAAAGUUUUUUGAUGUAAUGAUCAAACAACGAGAUGAAAUUGAACGUUAUAUAAUUUAUUCAAAUAACAGUGCUCCUGUUGGAUCUGCUUGUUUACAAAUAAAAGAUACUCCUGAAACAUCGAUGUUUACAGUACAAUUAUAUCAAGUGAAUUCGAAAUUUCAUGAUUAUAUAUAUGAUAUAGGAGAUUAUAUGUGUCAAAGUUUAAUAGAACGUGUUAAAAUUUAUGCGAAGGAAAACAAAAAAUCUGUUCGAUUAAUAUGGUCAUUUCCAACAUGUAAACAACUGUGGACAUUUGCAAUUAAAAAUAAGAAAUUUAUUUUGAAAAAUACAUAUAAAGAUUUUUCAUUUUUUCCAUUAAUCGAUUCUCACAUUCAACAAUAUGAAUAUUAUUAUGAAUAUGAAGAUUUAUCAGCAGACGUUGCUAAUGAAAUGUUAGCAGACGAAUAA